AUGGAAGCCAUCUUCGCCAUUGGGUCGAAUGGAUCAGGACAGCUGGGUAUUGGACAUGAAGAGGAUGUAUCCGUUCCGAAGCCAGUUCAAUUUCACCCUAAACCUCCAAACUCCAGAAUAACAGCGAUCGCUGCCGGUGGCAACCACACACUAAUUUUGUGCGAAUCCGGCGAUCUAUACUGGAGCGGUGAUCCGUCUACUGGAGCUUGUGGCAUUAACAGCGUCUCCAACGCCUCUGCAUUUCAGCCAGUUCGUCUUGUUCGUGAUGGACAUGAAGACCAGAUUGGAUCUCCUGUUCUCAUCGCAGCAACUUGGGAGGCUUCUUUCGUUGUGUCAAAAGAUAGCACUGGGAGAAGAACUAGCAUCUUUAGCUUUGGAAUGGGUAUGAGGGGCGAGCUUGGUUCUGGAGAACUCAUCCUCCGAACUCCAUCAGCUACUAAGCUACCAAACUUCCCUCCGCCGGGAUGCGAGAUAGUUGACCUGGCAGCGUGCAUGGGACAUGUUGUUACUGUGCUCGACAACGGAGAUGCCUACGGCUGGGGCAACUGUAGGAAGUCGCAAGUGGGAGAACCAGCCGGCGUCGUCUACGAGCCUCGAAGGAUAGACGGCAUCGGAUUCGGAGUUACACGCGCGGUUUGUACCAAGGAAGCGACCUGUUUCUUCGGAGAGCCUGGGAGUGGAAAAAUGCAAGCAUUGGGGUCGGACAAGUGGGGGAUUAUCUCCAAGAGUCCCAGUGUGGCGCCAUCGUGGACAGAUAUUGCCGCUGGUUGGGGUGCUGUUUACAUCCUGAAAGAGGACGGGGUUUUGCAGGCUUGGGGUAGAGAUGAUCAUGGUCAACUUCCACCGCCGAAUCUGCCUCGCAUAAAGCAAAUCGCAAUUGGUAGUGAACAUGUUGUUGCUUUGUCACUAGAUGGCGAUGUGUUGUCAUGGGGUUGGGGUGAGCACGGCAAUUGUGGUCCCAGGGUGGAAAACAACAAUGUCAAAGGCCGGUGGAAUGUAAUUGCAUCAUCAAAGUUUAUUCCUGCAGAUUCUCAGAUCACUAGAAUCGGCGCAGGGUGUGCUACAAGCUGGAUAUGUAUAGGCCGAGAACCAUUGGAUCACAAUCCCCCCCGUUCGACCCAGUCUGGGUGA